AUGGAUGGUAACGUUACAACAACGUUUGAGCCAACAACAACGUCAUCAAACGACACCAAUUCCACCGUCAGUAUCUCCAAUGGAACUACCGAUACCCACACUGGCAGCAAGAGUUUGAUUGACGAGUUCUUCGUCAGGGAAUUUCGUAAUGGAUGCCUGGGAUUUUACCAGACUCAGCUGUGGUCGUGUUUCGAUGGUUCUACCUACGCCUUCUCCUUAGUAGCUGUAAUCGUGGCAUGUAUUGGAAUUGCAGGAAAUGUCAUUGCCUUUGUAAAGAUCGUAUCAGACAAGAAGCUCCAUUCUGAUAUUUUUGUCGCCUUGGCGUGCGUGAUUGUGUCGGAUUCUCUCGCCUUAGUUUCGUACUCUGUCACCGGAUACAUAACUGAAGUAAUUGUAGUUUUUGAUAUCAUGCUAGCAGUGAAUUUCGUUUUCAUCAUAUGCACAACCAUGUGGUCCAUCCUCAAUGCCCUGCUACUCACAGUUGUCCGCUAUCGCAUACAGAAGGAAUCAGACUCCAAAAGAAUGACGGUCAAAAUCAUUGUGUCCAACGUGAUAUUCUUCCUCACAGGACUAGCUCUUGGGGUAGCUUUUGUUAUUCCGCUGUUCUUGAACAUCAACUCGAUCAAUUACACUCGUACAGAGGAGUACCAACAGCUAGUCAUAAACUUUUCCAUCGCUCAUCUCUAUCUAAGACUUGCUAUGGCGUCAUGUCCGCUCAUUCCAAGUCUUAUUCUCCACUUUAUGCGUCUUAGGAUCAGGAAUAACUUUUUCUACGUGAGGAAAAGCGUUUCAGUUGUCAUUACCGUAAUGUUGACUAUUUUUAACCUGGCGUGUUUACAGGAAAUCAUACUUGUUUCUGUCUACCUGAUCUGGGGUACCGAUUUACCCGAUUGGUUGAAACAGCUCACAACAUCAUCCGAAUUCAGAAUUUUCAGGAUUAACCCCCUGCCUUGGAUCAUUAAUUUUAGCAUCAAACCGUUUUUUCUGUUAUUGAUAACACCUCCCAUGAAAUUGCUCUGGGGUAAAAUAUGCUGUUGUUAUUUCUGA